AUGGGCCGGUUCACAUCAAAGCUGGUUGUGCUUGGGAUCUUGCUCGCCGUCCUGCUGCUCCUGCCGUGCACCGCCGUGGCCGCCGUAGCCAAGGCCAUCGACGCAUCGAACAGCCAGCGCCUGGACCUGCCCGACGCGCUGGUUGGCCCCGAGAGCGUCGCGUUCGACGUUCACGGCGCCGGACCAUACGUCAGCAUCUCCGACGGCCGCAUACUCAAGUACGGUGGCGAAGGAGCUGGCUGGACCACGUUCACGUACAGCCCGAGCUACACCAAGAACAACUGCGACGCGCCGUCUGAGCUCCCGCCGGUCGCCACGGAGAGCUCGUGCGGCCGGCCGCUGGGCCUUCGUUUCCACCGCAACUCCAGCAACCUAUACAUCGCGGAUGCAUACAUGGGGCUCAUGCGGGUGGGACCGGAAGGCGGGGAGGCGACCGUGCUAGCCACGGAGACCGGCGGCGAGCCGUUCCGCUUCACCAAUGGGGUGGACAUCGACCAGGUCACCGGCGAUGUUUACUUUACUGAUAGCAGCAAGACGUACCCGCGGUCACAGCACCAGAUGGUGACCGCGUCCGGGGACUCCACGGGGCGCAUCAUGAAGUACAGUCCGCGCACCAACCAGGUCACCGUGCUCCAGUCCGGCGUGACCUACCCUAACGGCAUCGCCAUCAGCGAGGACAGGACCCACCUCGUCGUCGCGCUCACUGGACCUUGCAAGCUGCUAAGGUAUUGGAUCCACCUCGUCGUCGCGCUCACCGGACCUUGCAAGCUGCUAAGGUAUUGGAUCCGUGGGCCCAACGCAAACACAUCCGAGAUAUUCGCAGACCUACCAGGAUACCCGGACAACGUGAGGCCCGACGGGAAUGGAGGCUACUGGGUUGCCCUGCACCGAGAGAAAAAUGAGCUCCCGUAUCCGCUUGGCGCGAACAAGCACUUGGUCGCCAUCAGGAUUGGUGCUCAAGGUGAAAAGCUCCAAGAAAUGACGGGCCCUAAGAACGUUAGGCCAACCGAGGCGGUGGAAAGACCAGAUGGCAAAAUAUAUCUUGGAUCUGUAGAGUUGUCUUAUGUUAGCAUUGUUAGCACUUAG